AUGGAUCUGACUUUGUGGCAGUACCAGUUCAGAGUCAUCAUGCUGGGGGACUCCACAGUGGGCAAAUCCUCCCUGCUGAAGCGCUACACUGAGGAUUUGUUCCUGGAAUCCAUCAAUGAGACAGUGGGUGUAGACUUCUACGUCCACUUCCUGGAGGUGGAGCCGGGGGUCCGCGUCAAACUGCAGUUCUGGGACACAGCUGGACAGGAGAGGUUCAGGUCAGUCACCCGCUCUUAUUACCGCAACUCGGUUGGAGGCCUCCUGGUGUUUGACAUGACCAACCGAGCCUCAUUUGAGCAUAUUAAGGAGUGGCAUGCUGAGGUGUGUGAGCGGGUGCAACCACAUAAGGUUCUGUUCGUGCUGGUGAGCCAGAAGAGUGACCGAGAUGCUCAUGGGGAGAGGAUGGUGAGUCGGGAAGAGGCUCAGAAGCUGGCCGGACAGUUAGGGAUGCCCUAUGUGGAGGCCUCUGCCAAGACAGGCUACAACGUGAGGGAUGCCUUUGAGCUCCUCGCUCGACGGAUCUACCAGGGUCUGUUGAGUGGAGAGGUAGAGCUGCAAGAGGGCUGGGAUGGGGUCAAGUGCGCCGCCCCACAGGCUCUGCAGUUACAGAGAGCCAGCCUGAAUAAGCCCAGCACAAUCUCCAAGAACAAGAAGAAGUGCUGUGGUUAA